AUGUAUCAAAGAAAUACUCAUCAUCUUAGAACUGGUGGGAAGAGUGUAGUUUUUGGUUGCGGAUAUAAUUCAGCAUCAUUACUCGGAGUAUCACACUCUGAUGUUGAAGAUAAUGGAGUUCAUGGAUCAAAUUCCUUUUCUCAAGAUGUAACACAAUUUGUUUUCUUAUCAACAUUACAAGAAUUAUUGAAUAAUGAUUCUCCUGGACAACAUGUUUGUCAAAUUGUUGUUCAAUUUUCCAAAACCUACUUUUUAACAUCUCAUGGUCAUGUCUAUACUUCAUUUCCAUUAGCAAGAGAUGUUCAAUUUGAUAGUAUUUUACCUGAUCGUGUUGUGGAAAUGAGAUCAGGACAGAAUAGAACAUUAUUUAGAACUGAAUUUGGUCAAAUUUAUGUAAAAGCAGAUGGUCCACUCUCUAAAAUUACUGGAGUUACUAAUACACAAGUAAAUAAUGUAAAAUUAUUUGGAGUUGGUGGUUUACAUUACUGGUUAUUAGAUGAUGAAACUAAUCGUUUAUAUGGUGAAGGAGAAAUUAAUGGAGCUAGUGUUGAAAAAGUUAUAGAAUUGAAUGAUUAUUUACAGAAAGAUGAAAAAGUUAGAGAUAUUGUUACAGGUGGUAAUUCAUUUGUUUUAAUAACAAAUAAGAAUAAUAUUUAUGUAUAUGGAGAGAAGGAAGCUUUUGGAUCAACAGUUGAUGAACAUUAUUCUAAACCAACAAGAUUAAGACAAUUUGAUGGAAUGGUAAAAUCAGUUGUUUGUGGAUGGUAUUUUACAAUUAUUUUAACAUUUAAUGGACAAUUAUGGAUGGCAGGUAGAAAUACAUAUCAACAACUUUCAUCUAAAAAUCUAUCAUCUCAUGAUAAUGUUGUUCAAUGGUUUAUAGAUGAUUCAUUAGUAUUAAAUCCAAAUGAAGAAAUUGAUCAAAUUGGAUCUGGAUCAGAUCACGUUUUAAUAUCAACAACAAUUGGAAGAAUUUUCACAAGAGGAAUGAAUACAUAUGGUCAACUUGGUAGAGAUAAUAGAACUCAAUCUGGAGUAUUUAUGGAACCAAGUUUUAAAAAUCAAAAUUACAAGGAAAUUAUUUCUAAAUUUGUUGGACCAAAAUUUUCAAUUUCAUUUGCAGAUAAUAAUUUUAAUACUUUAAGUUCCUUUUUAAUUAUUCAUUCAGUUAGAGAAUCAAAGGAACUUAUUCAAAUGAGAUCAAAACUUUUAAAUUGUUCAAAACAAUCUUUAUUAUCAGAUUUAGUAAUUUUACAUUAA